UUUGUGUUUUUCUAACAAUUACUUUUCUAACCUAUUUUUAAAAAGGUAUCAUUGGAGAGAACACACUUCCUGAACCAGAAAGUCUGUUUCCUAAUGUACAGAGUUAUCCAAUGCACAUUGAUACCAAGUAUUACUCUGCUGAUAUCCAACUUUUUACCACUGUUCAAAAGGAGUUAGUAAACAAAGACUUUGCUGAAAGUGUCCAAGCAGCAAUAUUACAUUUUGAUACCUCUCAGGAAAGCACUUUCGAUAAUGUCAAGACGUGGAUGCCAUUCAUUAAAGAGUACAGGCCUGAAGUGCAGAUUCUGGCUUGUGAUAGACUUGAGAGGGAGAACUCUGUUCUUUCAAGAAGCUUUGUGCUAGAAUGGUGUAUAAAGAACGGGUUUGAACUUGUGGAACUUGAUCCAGAAGACGAAAGUGACGAAGAGGAUGACUUCAAAGAAACAAAAGGUUACCCAAGAAUUCUACAAGCUUUACACGCACAUCUUUGGCCGAACAUGACCACAAAAGAAUACAAUCCAGGAACUUCUUCCAGAAACCAAGAAAUGGUUAAAGAAGAUUGUAUUGAUACAGGAGGAAUCACCACAGACAUAAAAAACAAGAUGACCAUUGGUCAAGCAUCCAUAGCCAAUGGCAAUUCAUCAAGUGGUACUCAAGUCGAAGUUGGAAGCGAAAGAAGGGAAGAGGAAGUCGAUGUUCUUGUAGAAGACGAAAUAAAAGUCUUGGAAAAUCUAGUAGGAAAUGAAGAUCCAGGUGGUGAAAGCUUCGAAGCUCUUUUUUCAAAAUUUCACAAUAUGAAACAAAAAGCAGCAACACUUUCUGGAGAAGAUCGAAAAAAGUAUGCCGAGAAAGUUGCAGUGGCUUUCUGGCGUGCACUGGGAGGAGACGAAGAGGAAGUAGCGGGUUUGAGUAGCGAAGAAGACUGAACUUAAAACAGACUGUGUAAAAAGUGUAGAUACAACAUCGGUGUAAUGAAGGCACAGACAGAGAAUUAAAAGAGAUUCACUGGGAAUAAUAUUUCAGCAGAGUUUUGUACAGAACACUAACUAUGCUCAGAUGUUGGAGUUAAGUUAUUUGUGGUGUAUAAAACCGUUUUGUGUAGUGCUAUAUAGUAGAAGUAGAAGAACCAGUUACCAACUUCUGGUUGUUAAUUUGAUUCAAAAUCUCAGACUAUUUACACUUGUUUAAAGUAUUAGAGCACUGAUUAUGUAUAUAACAUCGCAGAGUGAUUUUCAACUGAUCGACGAAUUGUUUUAUCUCGUCCUAUCAGGAAAGAGAGUACAGAAUGAUGUAAGUAACCAAAAACAAGAAGUUGAUACAGCAAAAAAUUUAAGUCCUAACGAUAUCUUUCAUAUUAUAAAUUGUAUAUGUUUUGUUUUUUCUAAAUCAAGAUGACAUUUUUUAUGCUAGUAACAUGCUUCAUAUUUUGUUGAUAUUAAACUGUUAUGGUGACAGUUGCACUGUAUGUGCUCUAGUACGUUCAUAACUGACUGAUCAAUACUUUGACUUCAAGUGAACAUUCUCUGCAUCCUUAGAUUCUACUAAACAACAAACUGAUUGGCUACAUUAUGUUCUGUAACUAGUAAAGUGCAUUUUGUAUUUUGGAAAAUGUAAUAAUAAAAUUGUUAAAACAUAAAACUUGCACCAGAUAAA